ACCAAAUUUUCUCAAAUUGACCCAUGUGAAUAGUUAAAAGAGAUAUUUUUGUUUCUUUUCCUUUUCUUUUAAAUUUUGAACUCAAUUUGGACAAGCAACUUACAUAUAAAGGGUUAUUCCAGUCACUUCAAUCUACCACGUGGCAUGUUAUUAUUGGUAGGACCAUCUGUAGCUUCAAAGUAUGACCGUCAUCAUGAUAUUUAGUAGGGUCAGAGGGGUAAAAGUAGGGGGUGGGUGGUAGGCACCGAAUACCAAGGAUUGAAUUCGGGAUUCUUCAGACAAAUUGCCUUUUGUUAUCUCUCCAACAAGUCUUCUCUCUAGUCUCAACGAUCUCUUCCUCUCAUAAAAAGCACCAAAUAUUUCUACUCAGAUCCUUUCGAUCUUCUCGGAUUCACCAUGGCUAACUCUGCAUCAGGCAUGGCUGUGCACGAUGAUUGCAAACUGAAAUUUUUGGAGUUGAAAACGAAAAGGGCUUUCCGCUUCAUAGUAUUCAAGAUCGAGGAAAAGCAAAAGCAAGUCAUUGUGGAAAAGCUUGGAGAGCCAGCUGAAAGUUAUGAGGACUUCUGUACACACCUGCCUGCAGAUGAGUGUCGUUAUGCAGUCUAUGAUUUUGAGUUUCUGACAAAGGAGAGUGUUCCAAAGAGCAGAAUUUUCUUCAUUGCAUGGUCUCCUGACACCUCCAAGGUUAGAAGCAAGAUGAUCUAUGCCAGUUCCAAGGAUAGAUUUAAGAGGGAACUGGAUGGGAUUCAGAUUGAGCUGCAAGCAACUGAUCCAACUGAGAUGGGUCUGGAUGUUUUCAAAAGCCGUGCCAACUAAAUAAAUUUCUCUAGUACAGCAUUGGAUGUUCUCUUUACUUUGUCGAAGAGAAAUGUUAAUAUUUGUUGGGGACAGGAGCCCGGCUAAGAUAUAAUAUUUGGUCUGUUGUUGAACUCUUAUUUCAAAGGCUUGUCAACCUGUAGACGUUAUGUGGUUUUGAUCUUAUUUUGUGAUGUUUGUGGUGUGGAACUCGUUAUCAUAAGUAGCUUUUGGGGCUGGUACGAAUCAUCAAUUGUUACUGGAUUGUCCUUUCUUUGACUUUGUAUGUUUCUUGUUACUCUGUUGCAACUUUUGUAAUCCAUUUAUUCGUUAUGAUGCUGAUUGGCUGCUGCUGCAA